CCGGAAGUAAAGUUUCCGUCUUUGCCGCUGUGAUUACCUCUGUGUCGCGUCGCCAUGGCAAGCCGUAAAACUACGCAGGCGAAGCAGGAAAGUGGGGACAAAUACUCAAUUCUUCUUCCUACCUACAACGAAAGAGAAAACCUGCCUUUAAUAGUCUGGCUUUUGGUGAAAUACUUGGGGGAAAGUGGCUUCAACUAUGAGAUAAUUGUCAUCGACGACGGAAGCCCAGAUGGGACACUGGAGGUGGCAAAGCAGUUACAGAAAAUUUAUGGAGAAGACAAAAUUCUUCUACGCCCAAGAGAAAAGAAAUUAGGACUUGGUACUGCCUACAUUCAUGGGAUGAGGCAUGCAACUGGGAACUUCAUCAUCAUCAUGGAUGCUGAUCUCUCUCAUCACCCCAAGUUCAUUCCUGAAUUUAUUCAAAAGCAGAAGGAGGGAAAUUAUGAUGUAGUAUCUGGCACUCGUUACCAAGGGGAUGGGGGCGUGUACGGCUGGGACCUGCGCAGGAAACUCAUCAGUCGAGGGGCCAACUUUCUGACUCAGGUGUUGUUGAGGCCGGGGGCUUCAGACCUCACAGGCAGUUUCAGGUUGUACAAGAAAAAUGUCCUGGAGAGUCUGGUGGAGCGGUGCGUCUCCAAAGGCUACGUCUUUCAGAUGGAGAUGAUUGUCAGAGCCAGACAGCUCAACUUCACCAUCGGAGAGGUUCCCAUCUCCUUUGUGGACCGUGUCUACGGGGAAUCCAAACUGGGAGGGAACGAGAUCGUGUCUUUUGCUAAAGGACUGCUCACGCUCUUCGCCACAACAUGAUCAGCUUAAGCUUUCGUAGUGGUCUCUCAUUUUUCAGGUCCGUGCACAGAAAUUAUACUGGAUUAUCAAAAAGUGGCACGACUAAAGAGAGAUGUAUCCUGGUUAGAAGUCUUUUUCCACAAAGAAGUUUCACAUUCCCAUCAUUCUUUGUAAUAAACGGGUUGAUCAUUCCCAACUCAGACAAUUCACAGAAUGAAUAUUUUGUUGCUGUUGUUGUUGUUGUUUAAAAUAAAAUAAAAAAAUGCUGGCUCUUG